GGUGGGCAACCCAUCUCUGGAGGCCUGAACAUGCAGGACCCUAGGUUUAGAGUUUUACCAGCACAUCAUUACAACCGACCUGUGACUACUGGGAAGUAUUGUACUGACCAAUCAGCAAUUUCAACAUCUAUUCAUAAAAAAUACCUUUGUCCCAAAGUUUGGGGGGAGGGCAAUAAUGUUUUUUGAGGUCCCCACUGACAGCACCUGUACUCUGUCUUUCUACUUCUAUAAACUCUCCCGGCGUUUCCUCGCCUCGGUGGACACGGUUCUUUUCGACUGGGAUGGGGUGUUGUGGCAGGAGGAUGAGGCAGUCCCUGGGGUGCCCGAUCUUAUUAACGGGUUGAAGGGGGCAGGGAAACGAGUGUUUUUCCUCACUAACAACAGCAUGAAGACCUGCUCCAUGUAUGCAGAGAAGCUGGCGUGGCUGGGCUUCAAGGCUGAGCCGGGGGAAGUGUUCGGAACCGCCUACUGUACGGCCAUCUAUCUGCGGGACAUCGUCCAAUUCCAGGGCAAAGUCUAUCUGAUUGGCUGUCGGGCGCUGAGCGAGGAGUUCGGGGUUGGGGGGAUCCCUCCCCUUGGCUGCGGAGCUGGCCUUGUAACCAGCACCUUCAAGGACUGGGCUUCCGUGGAGGCGGACCCCGAGGUGAAGGCUGUGGUGGUCGGAUUUGAUGAAUAUUUUAGUUACAUGAAACUCAACCGGGUACUUCAGUACCUGCAGGAUCCCUCCUGCCUCUUUACUGCCACCAACACCGACACCCGGCUGCCCCUGGAGGGAGGGAAAGCUAUACCAGGGACUGGUUGCCUGGUGCAAGCAGUGGAGACGGCUGCUCACCACAAAGCUCAAGUCAUCGGGAAACCCAGGUCCUUCCUCUGUGAUUGUGUCGCCAAGGACCAAAGCAUUCUGGCACAGGAAGCCAGAGGGCUCAUUGGUGCUUGUGUCCUUUUCCAUAAGGCCAUUCCUUCUAGGCUGCUCAUUCUGUGA